GCUAUUGACAUAGCUACUGCUAUUCCCGAGGCUGUCGCCAUAGCUACUAGCAUCGAAGCUAUCGGCCAAGCUGUCUCCAUAACAAGGUUGCUGUUGACAUCACCAUCGGUGAUGAUCUUGGGAAGGAGGGGAAAGUGUAGGGUGGAAAGUGAUAGUGAAGCGCGCCAGUGGCGGGAAAAGUGAAAAUAAUUGGGCAAGCUGAUCGAGGUAGUGGAUAUGGCGGCUGUAGUGGUAUUCGCGCGGUUUCCAGUGGCGGGAAAAGUGAAAACGAGAUUAGCCGCGGGAAUCGGUGACAAGGCAGCUUGUGAAUUCUACAAGGCUUGCGCUGAACACGUUUUCAAUGAAGCUAGCAGUGAGAUUCAGUUGGACAUAUGACACAGGAAGAGCAAGCGAGCAUGUGCAAAGAGCAGGGCAGUGGGCAAAAGAGAAAGAGAGAGAGAGAGAGAGAGAGAGAGAGAGAGAGAGAGAGAGAGAGAGAGAGAGAGAGAGAGAGAGAGAUUGGAAGUUGUGCAUGUGCAGAGAUUCGUUACAGGGAAUUGAGAGAGAGUAGCUGAUGGGUAAUACACCUGGCAGGGACGGGAGGGGGCACAGAGGAGAGAGGACAGGGGCAAGGGAGGGGACGAGGCGUGGAGGGGGUGGUGGAGGAGCCAGAGCAGCGGACGGGAGAGGGGGGGGGCCAUCCCAUUCGAAUUCGUCAGAGUCUAUGGGGAGCUCCCCACCUGGCAGCCCUGGGGGUACUGGAGCCAUGUCUCCUCUCCUUUUCACCCCGCAGAUCCCCAUGACACCCAUUCCCAAGGCUGAUGAGGUGGUCCUCCCUCCUUACAGCUACCCGGCGGCGAAUGAUGCUCAUCGUCACCAACUGGACGAUGCCAACACCAUUCUCGCCCUUAUUAUCUGGACCCAUGGUGGAAACAAUGUCUCCGUGGAGGGUUCCUGGGACAACUGGCACAAGCGCGAGCCUCUUUCGAGGUCUGGUAAAGACUUCGCCCUUAUCAAAAGGCUGCCCUCUGGAAUCUAUCAGUAUAAGUUCAUUGUCGAUGAGCAGUGGCGGUUUGCGCCCGAUCUGCCAUCGAUUCAUGAUGAGAUGGGCAAUGUUAAUAAUGUGCUGGAGGUCCAGGAAACCGUUUCGGAGAACUUUGAGAAUUUGGCAGGGUUUGAACCUCCUCGCUCUCCAGACUCUAGCUAUAAUAACGCGUUCUUUGCCCCCGAGGAUUACACAAAAGAGCCGCCUGCUAUCCCUCCUCACCUCCACUUGACCCCCUUAAACGUGACGGGUGUUUCCGAUAACCAAAGUCUUCCGCGCCCGCAGCAUGUCAUCCUAAACCAUGUCUAUGUCGAGAAAGGAAAGACAGCACGAUCUGUCCUUGCCCUCGGGGCAACACAGCGGUACCGGUCCAAGUAUGUCACGGUGGUGCUAUAUAAGCCCUUGCACAAGUAGGUUCUUUCGUUUAGAAGGGAAUGGUGUAGGAUAGGAGGCAUGCGAGAGGAUGGGUAGGAGAGGAGGGAACACAAAGUGAAAAGGUUUGUUGUUUUGAAAUCUUGUCAAAUGGAGGAUGGGAGAUAGGUGUGCCAAUCCUCGCCGAGGUUUAUCUGAAGGGAGGAGAGCACAGUCUGCGCUCUUUGGUACCGCGCGGCGAGAGCGGGGGGAGUAUGCCAUCAGUAUGCUGUGCCCUGUACUGGGAGAAGAGGUUUGGGUGUGUCAGCUGUUGGGGAGGUAGUUUGUGCCCACUGGCACAGAGAGGGGCAGGGAGAGUUUGAUUGUGUUUGGUUGUUUCGGUGAAAGAAUGGGAGGAGUGUAUAUGUAAGUAAGCAGGGCAUAGUGUGGUAUCUUUGCCGCAAGCAGUUGCAAGGAGAAGUAGGUACUUGUGGGAGCUGGGUGGGAGAACAACAGGGGUUGUUGCCCUGUUAGUGUGGGUGAGAUUGCCCUGUUAGUGUGGGUGAGAGUAUGGUAAGAGACAGGGCCUAGACUGUGGCCUAUACGAAGCUUGAUUGAUCG